AUGGCAAUUUGCGUGUUUGUAGAAAAAGGCUCACGACGAUUUAAACCGAAAGGAUCUACACAGAAGCGAUCAAGAGAAGUUGAGAGCGAUCCUCUCUCUCCUAGUACUACUGCUACUACCACUACCGCUUUCGGCAGUGCUAUUUCAAUUACAACUAACACUACAACCUCAUCAAAGUCAUCAUUGCUGCCUUCAUCCAAUUUAUUACCACGCACAUACCCUGCACCAUCACCACCAUCACCACAACAACAACAACAACAACAACAACAACAACAACAACACGAUACAAGCCCAGUUGAAAGAAAACGCUCAGCACCUAACAAUGACCAGCCCAAUAGCAAUUCGCCACACGUUCCCGCAAAAGCGUCAAAUUCAACAGCAGGAGCAACUGUAGCCACCAGUUCUACCUUACCAUCCUCACCGUCGCCUUUGUCUCAAGUACAACGACGAUCGAGCACAGAAACACCACCACUAAUAUCACCAAGUUUAAUUGAAUCAACGUUGAACGAAUACAAGUUUCCCUCGAAACGACGCAUCAUAGCAUCCCACUCAAAACAAGAGCUGGCUAUGUUGGCGCAACCGAAGGAGAGAGAACAAGAAGAACGACGCCGACAACGACAAGAAGAAGAUAAGGCAACGAGGGACCCAGGUUUGAAAGAAAGUUUGCAUGCUCCACAAGUCAAGUUGAUAAACGAUGAAAUCAUUCUUGACGAAUCUUCUUUGUGGAUGGACCAAGGUAAAGGCAGAAGCGCUGCUGGUAUAGAUCGCAUAAUGCCAGAGGUUGUUGAAGAAGGCGCGUUUGCAAAGAUGCAACGUGGACCUAAAAGUAUACGGCAUUGGUGGUCAUCGCAAGAGACUGAACUUUUCUAUGACCUACUGCAAGAAGUCGGUGCGGAUUUCGAUACUAUUAGUCAACGAAUGCCUGGCAGGACCAGAGACCAAGUAGCUCGAAAAUACAAAGACGAGUACAAGAGAUACCCAUACAAAAUAGACAAACUCCUCACAAAGUGA